AUGAAAGAAUCGGUUUAUCAACACUCGGAUAGUAACAUCUCGUUCAGCAAAAAUGUUGACAAAGUCGUUAUUCUUGAUGAUGCAGUAGACAUCGAAAGUUUUGACAAUGAAGUCACUAAUGUUGUUGCCCUUUUUGAGAGUGUUGAAGUCAAAGAUGAGGAGCUUAACAAGGUUAUCAAUGAAGGAAUAACCGAGUGUGAUGUUGCUACCAUUACGGUGUUAGAUGAGGGUGAUGACGUUGUUACAAUUGAUUUUCUUGGUGUUGACAAUUCGUAUAGUAGAAGGUGUAGUUCAUUGAAGCUUAGCUUUGAUGACAUUGGAUACAAAAUAUUUAAAGAUAUCAAUUGGUUGGACCAACCAUGCAAAAGCAGAAGAAACUGCAACAAUCGAAUCAUCUGCCUGCCGACUAAAUUUGAUGGAGAACCAUUUUUAGGUGGAGCAGGUGCUGGGGUAGGUGCAAAUUCUUCAACAUAG